AUGAACUCUGACAACACUGACGAUAACAUGAACUCUGACAACACUGACGAUAACAUGAACUUUGACGAUAACAUGAACACUGACAACACUGACGAUAACAUGAACUCUAACAACACUGACGAUAACAUGAACACUGACAACACUGACGAUAACAUGAACUCUGACAACACUGACGAUAACAUGAACUCUGACAACACUGACGAUAACAUGAACUCUAACAACACUGACGAUAACAUGAACUCUGACAACACUGACGAUAACAUGAACUCUGACCAACACUGA